AUGCCUCCCUCUCCCAAGGCCAAGUCCUCCAAACCCGUCAACAUGAUGGACGAUCGCCACGACCCAGAGACCGCCGACGAUGUCGAGGUCUCUCAGCAGAAGCAGCUCGCUGCCCAGGGCAAUGCGCACUUCCACCGUCUGGGCUGGAAGCGUCUCGCCAUUGUCACCAUCGUUGAGGCUAUCGCCCUCGGUGCUCUCAGUCUGCCUUCAGCCUACCACACGCUGGGCAUGUUCCCCGGUGUCUUCCUCACCAUCACCCUCGGUCUCAUCUCCAUCUUCACCAGCUACAUCGUCGGUCAGGUCAAGCUCAAGUUCCCUCACAUUUCGCAUUACGCCGAUGCCGGACGCCUUUUGCUCGGUCGCUUUGGCUACGAGCUUUUCGGUGCUGCCCUCGUUCUCGAGCUUGUCAUGGUCGUCGGUUCGCACGCUUUGACCGGUAGCAUUGCGCUGAUCGACAUUAACGGUGGAAAAGUCUGCUCCAUCGUCUUCUCCGCUGUUUCUGCCAUCAUUCUGCUGAUCCUCGCCAUCCCCCCAUCUUUCACCGAAGUCGCUAUUCUUGGUUACAUCGAUUUCGUCUCUAUUCUCGCUGCCAUUGGAAUUACCGUUAUCGCCACCGGUAUCCAGGCCAGCGACUCAACUGGUGGACUUUCUGGUGUUGAGUGGUCUGCUUGGCCCAAGGAAGAUCUCAGCUUCGCCGAGGCUUUCGUUGCCGUCAGCAACAUCAUUUUCGCCUUCAGUUUCGCGAUUGGUCAAUUCUCCUUCAUGGACGAGAUGCACACCCCAACUGAUUACAUGAAGUCCAUCUACGCCUCAUGCUUUAUUCAGAUCUCCAUCUACACCCUGACCGGAGCCCUUUGCUACGCUUUCAUCGGACCUGCUGUUCAGUCGCCUGCUCUGUUGUCCGCUGGGCCACUUAUUUCCAAGAUCGCUUUCGGAGUCGCCUUGCCUGUUAUCUUCAUCUCCGGUUCGAUCAAUUCGACCGUUGCACUCCGAUAUCUUCAUGGCCGUAUGUUCAAGGACUCGAUUCUUCGAUACGUCAACACCCCUAUGGGUUGGGUCAGUUGGAUCACUCUCGUCACCAUCUUCACUAUUGUCGCCUGGGUCAUUGCUGAGGCCAUUCCCAUCUUCUCCGACUUGCUCUCUCUUGCUUCCGCUCUCUUCGUAUCUGGUUUCUCUUUCUGGAUCCCUGGUGUCAUGUGGUUCGCUUUGCUCUGCGAGGGCAAGUGGUUCGAGAAGAAGAACCUGUACAUGAGCUUGGGGUCCAUUCUUGCCUUCAUCAUCGGUAUUGUUACCCUUGGUGCCGGUACUUAUGCUACCAUCAAGGAUAUUAUUGAUAUUACUAGCACCGGCUCUGCCCAUGCCCCCUUUACUUGCCGAUCAAGUUAG